AUGAAGACACUAGUGCUUUCCCUUCUCUGCCUCGCUCUGGUGAGCGUGACCGUUAGGGGAACCGGUUACGGUUCCGGCCUUGGAUUCGGCAGCACGGGAGGUUUCGGAUUGUAUGGUUCCGGUCUUGAGUUCGGGGGCGGUUCCGGUCUUGGUUACGGCGGCUUGGGAAGCUAUGGAUCUUUCGGUUCCGGUCUUGGGUUCAGCGGCUUUGGAGGCUUUGGAUCGUACGGUUCCGGUCUUGGUUACGGCGGCUUGGGAGGCUUUGGGUCGUAUGGUUCCGGUCUUGGCUUCGGUGGCGGUUCCGGUCUUGGAUUUGGCGGCGGUUAUGGAUCGUUUGGCGGCGGAAAGGGCUACGGCAAGGGAAUCGGCAAAAUUCCUUUCCUACCGGUACCGCGAUACCCGAUCCCCAUUCCCGUGGUCCCGGUCGUUAAAGUGCCUAGGCCGAUUCCCGUGGAAAUCCUGACAGUUGCCAAGGUUCCAGUUGCAAAAGGAAAGGGUGGAUACGGAAAGGGCCUGUCGGGUGGAUUUGGAAGUGGAUUUGGUAGUGGAUUUGGUAGUGGAUUUGGUAGUGGAUUUGGUAGUGGAUUAGGUGGUGGAUUUGGUGGAUAUGGAAGCGGCCUGUUAGGUGGAAUCGGUAGUGGAUAUGGAGGUGGAUUUGGCGGAUAUGGAAGCGGCCUGUCAGGUGUAUUCGGUAGUGGAUUUGGCGGAUAUGGAAGCGGUCUAUCAGGAGGAGUCGGUGGUGGAUUUGGUGGAUAUGGAAGCGGCCUUUCAGGUGGGUUAAGCAGUGGAGUUGGCGGAUAUGGAAGCGGCCUGUCCAGUGGAAUCGGUAGUGGAUGGGUGAGUGGAGUUGGCGGUGGAUUGGGUGGAUACGGAAGCGGCUUGUCAAGUGGAUUUGACAGCGGGUUGUUGGGUGGAUUUGACGGAUUUGGAAGCGGCCUGACUGGUGCAUUUGACGGAUACGGUAGCGGAUUGUCGGGUGGAUUUGGCGGAUUUGGUAGCGUUUUGUCAGGCGGAUAUGGUGGAUUCAGUAGCGGGCUCGACGGUCUGGGUGGUAAUAUCGGUGGAUACGGUCUUGGGCCUGUUGGAUUUGGCGUCGGUGGUUUGGGUAACGGUAUCUGGGCCGGAGGACUGACAGGCGGCUGGGGAGGUAGCAACGUUGGCGCAGGAUGGGGGACCGGAAACCUCGGAUCCAGUGGCUGGGGAAACGGAAAUCUCGGAUCCAGUAGUUGGGGAACCGGAACCGGCUGGGGGACCGGAAACCUCGGAUCCAGUGGCUGGGGAAACGGAAACCUCGGAUCCAGUAGUUGGGGAACCGGAACCGGCUGGGGGACCGGAAACGUCGGAUCCAACGGCUGGGGAACCGGAACCAGCGGCUUUGGAACUGGAACUGGCUGGGGGACCGGCUGGGGGAACGGAAACAUCGGAACCAGUGGCUGGGGGACCGGAACCGGAUCGGGGAUCGGUAACAUCGGAACCAGUGGAUGGACGGCCGGAAACAUCGGAUCCGCCUCUUGGGGCAAAGUGGUGUAACCGGAAGAUUCCCAACUAUACAUUUAACAAAAAGAUGAAUCCUAGUGGAUGUUGGGCCUUGUUACGCCGCGAUGCUGCUGUGCUGUACAUUCCUGUAGAUAUCAUCCUCAUUGCUGUACCACAACUACCCUUUUAGUGAACACCUUUUUGUUU